CUUUCUUCUUUUUCCCUGUCUCUCCAUUUCGCUUGAUUUUCACAAUCUCCGCCAAAUCUGAUGCUCUACCACCCAAAUCUCAGUCACAUUACCUAAUUCCAGACCUAACAUAUCGUGUUCUGCUCUCUAGUCUCCCAUCUCACUUCUCUCGUGUCGGAAAAUCUCAGUCUUCCUCACCAAAAAAUCCUGCAAAACCUGCAAUUCAGCUUCCCAGUUCACUCGAUUUAGACUAACACACCUUUCCGAGUUGACCAUUGACCUCGCAAUCCAUACGCUUUUCCGAGUUCGCGAAGAAAUCCCACUGAGCAAAGGGAUAUUUCGUUUCAGAUUAAGUGUUUCUGUUACAGAUCAAUUUAGCGAAAAGAGAAGACAAUCUAUAAGGUCCAAAUGCAGCUGCUGUAAUGGUGACCUCCGUAUCAGUCAUAGAAGCAUCUGUCUGGCGACCAACUCCAACUAUUGUUACGCUUAAACAGGCGGUAGGAGUUAAAAUCGCAUGGCCCUGUGAGAAGAUAAAAUUGGACGAGGAUGAUGACUUAACCCAACCUCCAGAUACUGUCUGAUCAGAGGUAAAUUACUACUGCUUUUGUGUCCCUCUAAAUUCAUAUAAAUUACUUUAACUAUUAUAGCUUGCAUAUUUAUAUAUGUUCAUGAAUCAUUAACAAACGGAUGGAUCAGUUGGAAGAGUUCAAAUUUAUGAGUAUUGGAAUGGAGGUGAUGAAUUAAUAGCUCAGGGUAAGUUGUUGUCAACUGACCCUAAAAAAAUGGUGAACGAAAUUCCACUGGGACCAAAUGCUGCAAUUGUUACGGUCGAGAUGGUGGUUAAACCUGGAGCUUAUUUAUGGAGACCAAGCCCUGCAAUCUCUUUGAUGAGUGAUGCACUAAAUCGGACCAUCGCAUGGCCUAUUGAUAGGUUACGCCUACCAGAUCCACCUAUAAUGGAUGAAUCAAACAGAAAGUCAUCUGAGAGUGGUAGUCCCAGCACUGGUAGUAGUGGCAAAGGUGGUAAACAGAAGUGCGUUCUGUUAGAUAUUGAAAAUUCUGGUGCGAGAGUUGCAGUAGGUCGUGUGUUUUCAACAGAUCCAACCGAGAAUGUCCAUUUUGUCCCUUUAGGUCCAAACGCUACCAAGGUCUGGGUAGAGAUUUCGAAGUUUGAUGAUGCACGAGUGUGGAGAGCCAAUUCUGAAGUUGAAUGCAUAGCUGAUGCAGUAGGAUCUACAUUGGCGUGGCCUAAUGACAAGAUUAUAUUCAUGUGAGACUAGUAUGAAACAUUUGGACUUAAGCUUGUGUUGAGUUUGUUGUAGUGACUAAUAAUAUGUCGAACUUGA